AUGGCGACCGCGCGGACACCGGACGACCGGGCUCUGCACAAGGACAGGGAGAUCCCUUUUUUGGCGUCGCGCGCCUCCGGAGUUGCGACAAAGGGUGCAUUUUCCCAGAUUCUUCGACACCAUACGCUUUCCGAGGGUCAAAACCAUUUUUCUGACGUCGAUCUCGCGCCGCUUACUCCCGACUGGUACUCGCGCGCCGAACGAGAGUCCCGCCGUGUGCCUCACUCCGCCUUUCCACCGUCCGAAGAAAAGCAGUCCUUGUUGGCGCACUCGCUGGGCAAGAGAGGUGCGACGCCCCACGUGGAGCCUCGGGAGUCAUCUUUGUCCACGAAUGCAAGGGUGGUCGGAUCUCGAAUUCGAGACCGGCCACAGGAUUUUGUGGCGCCGAACGCAAUGUCUUUUAUCAAUUGGCAGAUGUUGGGCGCAACGAUGCUGCAUCCCGCUCUCCAGGUGACGGGCAGUCCUCUCACUGCUCCCCCCAUUAUCUUUCACCAGCCAGACCCAGCAGUCGCAAUGAGUCAACACGGCAAGGUCAUUGCAGUCGCCGCAGCUUGCAUGGUUGCCGGCCUGGUUAUCAUGCUGUUCUGCUGCUUCAUGGUACGAAGGAAACGGGCGCAUGAGGCGUACAUGGCCAAACCGCUCAUCCUUCCGAAUCAAGCGUGA